CUUAUCGGCUGACCUACAAUACCCAUUACGGUAGACUGAAAACAUUUAGAUUGAAACAUUGUGUGUCUUUUAAGUUUGUACGCUACGUCCUAUGGCAAAUAUUCCGCGUUUUGGGGUUUCUGCUAAGUAUAGGGGAAAAGUUGAUGCUGAAGAGACUAACACGACUAAGAGCGGUUCACGUUAUUUUUCCGGUUCAUCAACAAACUCCCAUACUGGUAGUUCUCGGGCUGAAGAUGUUAGUCGAUCAGACAGUGUUUACAGCUCGAAUAUUGAAGAAGAUGCGCGACUGGGGUUUGCAAAUCUACCUGAACAAAUGCACAGGAAAGCUGUCAAGAAGGGCUUCAAUUUCACUUUGAUGGUUGUCGGUGAAAGUGGUUUAGGCAAAUCAACGCUAAUUAACAGCUUGUUUGUCCAAGAUUUAUACAAAGAUAGAGAAAUCAUUGAAGCAAAUAAUCGUGUUCAAAGCACAACUCAAAUUGAAAAACGUCAAAUUGAAUUGGAUGAGCGUGGAGUCAAGUUACGCCUUACUGUUGUCGAUACUCCCGGUUUUGGUGAUGCUGUGAAUUGCAAUGACUGUUGGAAACCAAUAGAAGAUUACAUAGACAGCACAUUUGAACAAUAUUUUAAAGAUGAAUGUGGUCUGAAUCGUAAAAAUAUUCAUGAUCAUCGAGUUCACUGUUGUUUGUAUUUCAUAUCACCAUAUGGUCAUGGUUUACGCCAAAUAGAUGUUGAAUUUAUGCGCCGUCUUCAACAUAAAGUCAACAUAGUCCCUGUAAUAGCUAAAGCUGAUGCAUUGACUGCUAAUGAAUUACGUGCAUUUAAAGAACGCAUAAUGGCAGAUUUUGAUCGUUAUAAAAUUGAUAUUUAUCGUUUACCUGAAUGUGACAGUGAUGAAGAGGAUGAAAUCAAACGUUUAGAUAAAGAAAUCAAAGCUGUUCUACCUUUCGCUGUCGUCGGCAGUAAUUGUGUUAUCGAUUUAGAUGGUAGUCGUCGAGCUCGUGGUAGACAAUAUCCUUGGGGAUCAGUUGAAGUGGAGAAUAGUCGUCAUUGCGAUUUUACAAAGCUGCGUAUAUUUCUGCUAAAGACACAUAUGCAGGAUUUGAAAGAUAUGACAUUGGAUGUGCAUUAUGAAAAUUAUAGAGCGAAAUACAUUACUGAACGGAUGUCUAAGCGUCAAAGCGAUCGUCGUGAAGGUGUUGGUACUGGAGCAUUGGCAAGAUUAGAAAAAGAAGGUGGAACUGGCUUUGAGGCUAUUGUUGAUCAAGAUAGUUUACUGAAACAGAAAGAGGAAGAGGUAGAUCAUAUUCAUGCAAACUGUUCAAAAUUGACGAUUGAAAUGACUAUUCAUUUUAAAAGUUACUCAGAUCUGGUUAACAAAUUUCGUUUAUGCUCUUUUACUAUACAUGCUAUUCAAUGAACUUGAUAACAUCUUAGGUAAUUGUGGUGUAAUGUGUUUUCUUGAAUGGUAAAAUUAAAUUUUUGUAUGUCACACGACUUGUUCGAAAUCGAACACUUUUGUAUCUUUAAGACCUUAUCUUCAUCAGUAAAAACAUCCUUCGAAUGUAUUAUCAAUAAUCAUAUUAGCCUUAAAAUUGUUUAAGUUCACGGGUAUUUUCUAAAUGUUGUCUAAUAUAAGACGAUGUUUAUCCAAUGUUCUGUUAAAUUAAUUGAUUAUAACUUAUAUAACGUAGUCAAAAUGAUUAGAUUUGCUUGUUGCCUUUAACUCAUUAGUAUUUUAUGUAUAGAGUUAGUUUUAUAUAUUUAUGUCAUACAUUCCAUUGUAAUUUAUAUCUUGAUUGUUGAUUAAAUUUCUCAUUGAGUUUCAUUCAUUUGCAAAAUACAUCAGUUUCCAAUAAAAAGAACAUAGUGUAACCAGUUUCAGUUAAUAAUCAAUCUCAGAUAAUAUUCAACGUCUUGGAAUGAAUAUGUAUCGAUCUAAAUUGACGCUCAUCGCACACUGGGGAACAGUUAGAAAAUUAAAACCUAUAGUAUUUGUUGCUUUUCAAGAACUUUGAAUAUUCACUACAAUUCUUAUAGUGCGAAGCGUUUGCAGGCUGAAUAGUAGAAAGUUGAAUAAUAUUACAUAACAGCUUCGUCGAUUAUAUCAUAAUAGUUACUCAUUUUUUUAUCGGUAUUAAUCAAACCUUUCAAAAACUUUUUAUUAUUGUUGGCAUAUUGAUAAAUAUUUUUCGGUAUAUAUAUUUUUUCUCUAGCUUCAAAGAAUGCAACAACUAAUGAGUAAAAUGCAAGAACAGUUAAAACGUAAUACCAAUGUUGUACCGAACGCAUCAGUCGGUUUAAAUAAUGGUACAAGUAAUACUCAAUCUUCUCCUAUUCCUGCAACUGGUCAACAAGCUUCUUGAAUACAAAAAAGUAUAUAGGUUGUCUAGGAUUCAAAAUCCCAUUAUCACAUUUAUUUAUAUCUUAUUAUUUUGCUUAAAAUUCAGUCGAUUAGGUCGGAAUAUAGUCAAUAUGAUGUGCUAACAAUAAAUAUUUUGUCGUUUAUACUAAUAAAACUAUUACUUCUUUCUUUCUUUUCUUGAAUCUAUACAACAUAGUCUAAUUAAAUUGUUUGUGUCUACUUAUGUUUAUUCAAUUACCGGUUCCAUAUAAUUUUUUUUCAAUAAAAAAAAACUAGACAGAAAUUUUCUUUCUUCUUUUUACUGAACUUAUUACAUUACAUAUUCUCAGUUUUUAAUUAUGUUCACAUCUCAUUAAGAAUAAAGAUAGAACAAACUGUUAAUUUUCAAUUCUACUGAUGGUAUAUUGUUUUUUUUUGCAGUUCAUCAUAAAGUUCUUCCUUCUUUUCUGUUUUUAAUUAAUCAUGAAUUUGCAUUUUAUCUUACCUUUAUUAUAUAUUGAAUCAAAUCCAUUGAUUACUUUCUUUUCAUUUUAUUCAUCUAGUCUAGCUUAUUCGUGUUUUUUUACUUCGUGGUUACAACAAUUCCUGUUACACUUUGUUAACCAAAAAUUAUAUUAUUUGAUGUGAAAAACAAACUUUAUAUUUUUUAUCUGUGUACGCAUUUUCAUACUUUUUGUUAAAUUUUGUCUUUUCACUUCAUUUUAUUAUUUCGCCUAUCACAAUGUCAAAUAAUUGUCAAUGUCCUAAAAAUACUUACUGUGCUCAGUUAUUAUUAUUUUUUGCUGUGUCAAGUGGGUUAUUUUUUCCUCUUUAUGAACUUAGCUGUUUAGAAUUGACGAUUUUGUGUAAAAUAUUUAUGUAUGCGUAAUUAGUAUCUCCCCCUUUACUUAAUACCUAAUUAGGAAAGUUUUGAAAAGCUAAUUUUUGGUCAUUUGUAAGAUAUUACUGUUUCACCGUUUCAAAUGUCAACCAAGAUUAAAAGUUUCUGUAUAAUGAGCUCAGCUUAUAUAAUCUCGGUUUUACGAACAUCAAUUUCUACAGUUUCCGCUAAUUCAAAAGAAAUGUCUACAAAUGUAAUUACGGUCACGAAAGAU